AUGUCUACGACUACGACCGCGGCCUCCGCCACCAGCACCGCUUGUGGGACCUCUUUCCAAUACGAACUCCCCGUGAAAGAUGCAGCAUGUGGAGUUCCCAGCACCGACAAGUACGAAGGCUAUCUUGCCAAAUGCGCGAAACCUGCAGGUGUCACCAAGUAUAACAACGACUGUGCCAUCUACGCCCUAGCUGUGGACCAGUCCGUCCAAGAGCUCACGGACUGUCUCUACGAUGCCGGCGUUGAAUGGAAAGACGUGUGGUGCUAUGGCUCCACCAAUGCCACUGCUACUGCAACCUCAUAUCCGACUUCGUCGGAAACCUCGGCAUCGAAGACCGACAAGACAAAGUCGUCGACUUCGACAUCCAGCUCGGAAACCAGUACGAGCACCUCGGGCGCGAGUGACACAUUGCCCAACGCGCAUGUUAGCCUGAAAGCUGCUGUGCUUCUUUCCACUCUCUUUGCUUCUGCUGUUUUCGUUGGGGCAUGA